AUGGGUAAUUUGAAGCAAGCACUGAAAAGUCUCGAUGCAUUUCCACGGGCAGAAGAGCAUUUGUUACAGAAAACAAAAUCCGGCGCACUCGUUUCUAUUGUUGGCCUGGUAAUCAUGGCGACCUUGUUCUUGCAUGAGUUAUCUUAUUAUCUUUCAACAUACACUGUACACGAGAUGGCGGUUGAUUCAAAACGUGGAGAAACACUUCCCAUCCAUAUUAAUAUGACAUUCCCCUCUCUUCCUUGUGAUGUUUUAAGCGUGGAUGCGAUUGAUAUGUCAGGGAAGCAUGAAGUUGAUCUCGACACAAAUAUAUGGAAGCUCCGCUUGAAUAAGGAUGGCCAUAUCACUGGCACGGAGUAUCUGUCCGACCUGGUGGAGAAGGACCAUGCUGCUCAUGGACACGAUCAUGACCACAAAGAUCAUGAGGAGUCUGAUGACAAAGUUAAACUCCACAAUCUUGAUGAAGAAGCUGAAAAUAUGAUAAAGAAGGUGAAGCAUGCAUUGGCUAAUGAAGAAGGUUGCCGGGUGUAUGGUCUUUUAGAUGUGCAAAGGGUUGCUGGGAACUUUCAUAUCUCGGUUCAUGGAUUGAAUAUUUUUGUGGCUCAAAUGAUUUUUGAGGGCUCUUCUCAUGUCAAUGUGAGUCAUGUAAUUCACGAUUUGUCGUUUGGGCCUAAAUAUCCUGGGAUACAUAACCCACUUGAUGACACAAUACGGAUAUUGCAUGGAUCGAGUGGAACUUUCAAGUAUUACAUCAAGAUUGUGCCGACUGAAUACAAAUAUAUAUCGAAGGAUGUUUUACCAACAAAUCAAUUCUCUGUCACUGAGUAUUUCUCUCCUAUCAAUGAGAUGGAUAGGGCGUGGCCUGCUGUGUACUUUCUGUAUGAUUUGUCACCUAUUACAGUUACCAUUAGAGAGGAACGUCGUAGUUUUCUCCAUUUCAUCACACGCCUCUGUGCAGUAUUGGGUGGUACAUUUGCCUUAACAGGGAUGCUGGAUAGAUGGAUGUACAGGCUUAUUGAGGCAUUGACAAAAUCUAAGGCUAAAAGUAUGAAGCGGUGA